AUGAGAGAAAAAUCUUUCCAAUGUAAUGAGAGUGGCAAAGCCUUUAAUUGUAGCUCACUUCUUAAAAAAAAUCAGAAAAUCCAUUUAGGAGAGAAACAAUAUAAAUAUGAUGUAUGUGGCAAGGUCUUUAAUCAGAAGCAAUACCUUGCAUGCCAUAGAUGUCACACUGGUGAGAAACCUUACAAGUGUAAUGAGUGUGGCAAGACCUUCGGUCACAAUUCAGCCCUCUUAGUUCACAAGGCAAUUCAUACUGGAGAGAAACCUUACAAGUGUAAUGAAUGUGGCAAGGUUUUUAAUCAACAAUCAAACCUUGCACAUCAUCAUAGACUUCAUACUGGAGAGAAACCUUACAAAUGUGAAGAAUGUGACAAAGUUUUCAUUCACAAGUCACAUCUUGCACAUCAUCAUAGACUUCAUACUGGAGAGAAACCUUACAAAUGUGAAGAAUGUGACAAAGUUUUCAAUUUCAAAUCACCCCUCGAAAUACACAGGAGAGUUCAUACUGGAGAGAAACCAUAGAAAUGUAAGGUUUGUGACAAGAAUUUUGGGUGUGAUUCACACCUGGCACAACGUACUGGAAUUCACACUGGAGAGGAACUGUACAAGUGUAAUAAGUGUGACAAAGCCUUUAGUGGGCAGUCAACACUUACUCACCA